AUGGUUGCCGUGACGAGAAGAUGCAUGACCUGCAGAGGCAGGAAGAUCAAAUGCGAUCAAAAUUGGCCAAGCUGCGGACAAUGUGUGAACUCGAAUCGGCUCUGCCCUGGACCGCCUCGCAAGGUCAAGUUUAUGCCAAUUCGGACGAAGACAGCGAAUGAGAACGCCCCCCUCUUACCAAAGCCAAAUAACGAUAAACCAUUACCGAAGAAGUCGGCACGUGGUACUUUGAAGCAGGCUUCAACUGAACUGAGUGUAAGACUGGAAAACGACGUCACCGAACUUCAGCUCGCAGGCGAUGUUUUUCCGUGCAUCAGUUCUGACCCGGCAACUCUCGUGGCUGCAGAGCUUAUUGGAGCCCUUCAGCUAGAUACGCAGCCCGAGACACCAUCCUUUUUAGGCUCGUGCUGCUUCAUUAGGGAUGUGCCACGAAUGCUUGGCUCAAGCACUGCUCUGACAGCCACAGUAGCGUGUUGCCUCGAUGCAUGUGCUAAGGAUACUAUCCUUCCACGCAGCUACAGGAACCUCGAUCCAAAGCUAUAUGGUCGAGCGCUAUCAGCAAUCAACGAAGCACUGCAAGACUCUUCUCAGCGUACCUGCGUGAGCACGUUCUUGUCUGUUGUGCUCAUUGGCCGACUUGAAUCUCUACUGGUCCCAAGGCAGCUGGCUCGCAUACCUUGCUGGUCGGUCCAUGCUGCUGGUAUUAGCGAACUGCUCAAGUAUCGAGGUGUAUUUGAACCCAGCGAUCGCACGACCUUCCUCGCUGUUCUGGAGAACUUUGGCCCAAUUAUAUCACACUCGGUAUUUGCAGAACAGGACUGCUUUCUUGCUUCGCCAGAAUGGCAAAAGGCGCUACUAUCACAGCCGGAUGAGGAAAGAGACGAGUUCAACCAGAUAUAUCGUAAGGUGUUUGCCCAGCUCGCUUUCUUGCCGAAUGUGAUCAAAGUCACCCGCCUUUGUCGCAAGGGAGAAGAAGAUGCUUUCAAUCGAGCAAUCGAUUUGGCCGUUUCCAUGUAUGGCACACUUCAUGAGAUCGGCAAAGGCAUCGAAUCGAGCGUUCUCUCUGGCCUCGAUGUCGGACCUCCGUCAUGGAUAGAUAUAGAUGCGCCUAUGCGGACUAUAUACAUGCAGCCAGGCCAUGACAAGUCUCGAGUCGUCUCUUGGCACGCAGUCUUGACCUUGAUUGUCAACAAGGUGCUCAUGUUCCUGCUCGAGAGCUCAACGGUAGACGAGCACGAGAAACUCGAAUCCUUCUCGAUAGACGACCUGGCCAGCCAGAAUCGAGCCAUCAGCUUGCGAGUCUGGAUGCUCUCGGACGAAGCUCGUCGGAAAGGCCUUGUUGAGUUUUAUUUCUAUCCUGGAGCGCUUUCCUCCACUUAUGAUUGUACGGAUAGCGAAAAUGAGCGUGACUGGAUCGUGGAAUUGCUGAACGAGAUCAUGGGCGGUACGUGGUCGAACAGCAAGUGGAGUCAUGAUGCUGUUCUGAGUGUUUGCCUGACUCUUGCCGGAGCCCUGGGGUGA